AUGUGGCUAGCGAAACGCCCNGUUGCAAACCAACCCUCAGAACGACGGCGCCUCACAGCGGAGUUGGCGCAACAACUGAAGAUUCUUCCAGCGCGAACCAGUGAACUUGCCAGCACUAACGCCGGUUUUCUUUUCGACUUACCCAGGGUAGAUCCUCUUCACACCAAAUCCCGUACAUCCGCGCGAGAUUCUAAUCCCCAUUUGGGCAAUACGCGCAAGAGAUUGAAAAAACGCCGGACCGUGUCCUCUGACAAGAAUAAAUCCCUCAUUUCCAAAGAGUUCGAUCAACUGAAACCUCCAGUGAUCGUCAAUUCUGUUCGUGACGGUAAUCAAGCGGGAGAUUCUGUUGUACCUCCAAGUGCCGCUGCUGUUGUAUCGACAGCAACUGUUAUUCCCAAACCGAUCCCUGAUCCGUUUGCUGAUUCAGCCAUCAUGUUCACCUUGGAGCCCAUCCCUCCAGCACAGUCUCCAUGUUCCGGAGACGAAGGUCCGUUACAGCUGGACGACGAGACCGAAUUAAUAAACACUCUCACCGCUUCCCUUGUCACUUCUCAGCGAGAUGAGUUCGGAAGCGGUUCAGCUGCUUCCAGUCAUCCUGGGUACACCGUCUCUCCUCACAACUCGAACGAUGUUUGGAGCUCAUCGCGAGCUUCAGCAACCCUCUCUAACACGAACGCCGUGGGGGAAGUUUCAUCUCGCUGGAGUACAAUGCGCACCCAGAUUUGUGACCCGGUACGGACUACUUCAAAUGACACACUACCAAACAGUUCCGGAUUUAUUCGUACUUUGAUGGGCGGUGAUGUUGCAUAUUCCCUCUUACGCGAUGCUGGGAUGUACUGA